AUGCCAUCCGAAGACCUCCAGAUCCCAUUAGCCUUCCUCGAUAAGAUCUCCCCUCGCGGGUUGGAGACCAUUAAGAAGGUAAAGCACUUUGUAGAGACCGAGUGCAUCCCAGCCGACGAGGUAUAUCUCGGGCAGCUUUCGACCGACCCAGCAACCAGAUGGUCGGUCAUUCCUCCAAUCAUCGAGGAGUUGAAGGCUAAGGCCCAGAAGUUGGGCUUGUGGAACUUGUUCUUGUGCAACAACUACGAGGAGUAUGGUGCCGGUUUCACCAACUUGGAGUACGGUUUGAUGGCUCAACAAUUGGGUCGUAGCCACACGGGACCAGAAGCUACCAACACCGCCGCACCAGACACAGGAAACACGGAAUUGCUCGUGAAAUACGGAUCUGUGUACCACAAGGAAAAAUACUUGAAGCCGUUGCUUGAGGGGAAAAUCAGAUCUGCGUUUCUCAUGACCGAAAAGGGAACCUCCUCCUCUAAUGCGUUGAAUAUCUGCUGCUCCGCUGUCAGAAAGGGCGACAACUUUGUGCUCAACGGUGUCAAGUGGUUUGCGUCCGGUGCAGGCGACCCAAGAGCCGCCGUCUGGUUGACCAUGUGCCAGACCGCCCAGGGGGACCUCCAAGGUCCAGCCCAGUACACGAAGCACUCAGUGCUUGUGUUGGACGUUGCCAGAGCACUUGCCUCUGGCCGCGCCAAAGUUAUCCGUCCGUUACAAGUGUUUGGGAUGGACGACGCUCCUCACGGACACUGCGAGAUUGUCUUUGACAACUAUGUUGUGCCGGUGGAAAACGCGGUUUUAGGGUCGGUCGGCCAGGGUUUCGAAAUUAUCCAGAGUCGUUUGGGGCCAGGUCGCAUCCAUCACUGCAUGCGAGUGAUUGGUUUGGGCGAGCAGGCAUUGCUUCACGCCUACCACCGAGCUUCGAACAGAAAAAUUGCGGGCGAUUAUCUCAGCAACUCGGAGACCUGGAGAUACGCCUUCGGGGAACACAAGAUAACGUUGGAACAGUGCCGUAUGUUGGUGUUGAACGCCGCUCAUGCAAUCGAUCACUACGGUGUCGCUAAGCACGCCCAGAGGGACAUUGCCAUGGCCAAGAUUGUGGCCCCAAGAGAGGUUAUCAAGAUUGUCGACUGGUGUAUCCAGGUCUUUGGUGCUGAGGGUGUUUCUCAGGACACCCCGUUGGCCAGAAUGUGGAUGCACUCCAGAACUUUGAGAAUCGCUGAUGGUCCGGAUGAGUCCCACUUGAACCAGUUCAGCAGAAACGAAUUGAGGAAGUUGAGAUACGUCAACGAUGCGUUUGCUGCAUCCGACCGCAAGACGAAGGAAUUGAUAGGUGCUGCCAAGUUGUAG